AUGAAGCCACGCAGCCUCACACUGUUCACAACAACCAUUCUCCUUUGCCUCAGCAUGGUACAGCCUAGAACAAAGAGAAUAGUAACACCAAAACCUGGGUACUGCCCGGAGUUUUUUCUUCCCUGCCCGUUUGAACGGUUACCCGUAUGCCAGCAUGAUAAAGGGUGCAAGGGCAUCAAAAAGUGCUGUUUCUACUACUGUCAGAUGCGCUGUGUGGAGCCUUGGACAACCAUGUUUUGA